CUCAGUUGAGAGCAUGUGUUGCUUAUUUUCACGUCUCGCUCGAUCCUCGACGUAACAGACGCCAGUGAAAAUUUCAGACAUGUGUUUACCAACGAAAUACGGUAGUUUCGAGGAAAUAUGAUUAUAUAGAGAAGUGUGUUCGUCGAAUUCGUGACAUAAUUGAUCAUUUCACUCACGAAGCUAUAUAUAUUUAACGGUGAUGAUGAACCAAGUGCAGGUUAUAACGUAAUAGCUCGUUGCAUCGUCGUGGUACGAAGCAAUGCAACGGUAAACGAGAAACUGUUUCUUUCGAAAAGAAUUGGGAAUUGAACACGUCUAAAUCGAAGAAAAAUUGAUAUAGCGUGUCACAGUCUUUGGUCAUUUGAAAUGUAAAAUAAAUUGGAGGGAAAUAGGAAUUAAAAGAAGACACGAAAAUAAUAGUAAACAACGAAUCAUGGAGAAUUAUAUUUUCUUUUAUAAUUGGUCUGUAAACAAUUCAUGCACUUGGCUGCGUAGGCGUACACGUCUAACACUUAUCUAGGCUAGCGCGUAUCUUAUCAUUUGCCCAAUCCCGUCUUGUAUUUGGUCGACACGUUAAGUUUGCAGUCUGCCAUCGUCUCGAAGGCACGACGAAGGAGACAAAGGAUCGACGCCGUGGCCUCAUCAUUCCUGCAAGAACAGUGAAGUGAAUGUAGAAGUGGAAUCUCAAGGAUGAUCGAUAAAAUGUCACGUGGCGAAGCCGAUAGAGGUUGGGCGUGGGUAAUCGUCGCAGGCGUGUCGAUCAUACACUUGGCUAUAUUUCCGAUACAACAAAGCUUCGGACUAAUCUUCAGGGAACGAUUCAUUUCACUCGGUAUCACUGCAACGCAGACGUCGUUAAUUAUACAUUUGAAUGGUACAAUCACGUGCAGCUUGGGUCUGAUAAGCGGGCCAAUGAUGAAGAGAUUUACAUUCCGAAAGGUCGCCUUCCUCGGUGGUUUCACUGUCGCCAUUGGCAUCUGCAUGGCUGCCUUCGCAGUCUCUCUCCCCUCCAUUAUUAUCACUUAUUGUAUUAUCGUUGGUAUCGGUCAUGGCAUUGUGUUUCCAGCCACGAAUCUCGCAAUGAACACGUAUUUUCGGAAGAAACGAAACAUAGCUAUGGGUUUAUCAGUAACUGUGACUGGCCUUGGACCUAUUUUAAUGCCUCUUUUAAUAGCAGUGCUAUUGGAAAAUUAUGCUACCACUGGAACUCUCUUGAUUCUCGCAGGUGUAGCAAUACAUUCGUUAGUUGGAGCACUGCUUCUGAGGCCAUUUAAAGAAAAACAAAUUACAAGUAUAACAAAGGACAAUGACAUCACGGCAUCUUCCGCAGAAUGCAACGACCACGGUGUAAUGAAAGCAGUCGGACGAUUAAAAGUCGAAAAUGUAACCGAUGCCAAAAACGAUGCUAAUCGUCGACUAUUGGACGAGACUGAACAGAAGACGAACAAUUUCGAACAACAGCUAUCGAAGAACGUGAACAAUGAGAACAAGGAGAAAGAGAAAACGUCGAUUCUGACAAAGAUUUCAGAGCAUUUGGAUCUUGCCCUUUUGAACGAUAGUCGCUACGUCGCUGUUAUCCUCGGUAUGGGUGUAUCUUUAGUCGCUGAAACGAACUUUAACACGAUGAUUCCUUUCGUCUUGACCGAAUUAUCUGGGCUCGAAAGAACCUCGAUCGCAACCGUGAUGUCCAUCCAAGCGGUCUCAGACAUCACAGCACGUCUGUGCGUCCCAUUCCUGGCCCAGAAAACCGGCUGGACGUCGAGGAACCUUUACGUGUUAUCCUUGAUAGGAUCCACUCUUGGAAGGACCAUAUUGUCUACUUGGGGCAGCUCCUACAUCGUGGUAAUUGCUGUAGCAUUAAUUAUUGGCAUCGCCAAAGGCACAAAAGCUGUCUUCCAAGCGUUAAUAAUCCCUGACUAUGUGCCUCUCGAAAGACUGCCAGCUGCGUAUGGAAUGCAAAUGGUUUGCAAUGGAAUACUGUCCAUUACUAUAGGUCCAAUUAUAGGUUUAGUACACGACACAAUGAUGAGCUAUGUGGGUGCUCUUCAUUUCACGUCAAUUUUGAGCCUCUCCUGUGUUAUCUUAUGGCACAUCGGAGGACUUUGGAAAUUUAAGAAAGGUACUAGAAGCCUCAGUCUGAAGGAAGAGAUCAAAGCACAAGAUGAUAAUCUUGAAUACAAUGCAUAAAUAAUUAUUGUACGAGUGAAUUGAUAAUAAGCAAAAUUUCCUUAUGAAAAGAAGUUUUAACACGUACUUA